AUGCGCUUACCAUCAACAGUGGCUCAUCUCCUUCGCCCUUCUCCUCUUUGCUCUUACACCCUUCCAACUAGCACCUUAAACCAUAAGAUCAACGAGUGCGUGCGCAGCGGCGACCUCACCGCCGCCCGGAAACUGUUCGACGACUAUCUCCACUCGACAAACGCCGUCUCAUGGAACUCCCUCAUCAACGGCUACGUGAAAGCCCGCCAGAUUUCACAUGCCCAGAAACUGUUCGACCAAAUGCCCCAACGGAACAUAGUUUCUUGGAACACAAUGCUUUCCGGCUUUCGAGACGAGAAGGCCCCACAAAAAGCAUACCAGUAUUUUCUACUGAUGAAGAGGCAUGACGUGAGGCCAGAAGAACUCACGCUAUCCGUGCUUUUGAGCGCGUAUUUGAAUACGGAGUUUGAUGUUUUGGUCCCUCAGCUGCACGGCUUUGUGAUCCGUUCGGGGCUCGACCUUAAUGUAUACUUAGGUUCCGCCUUAAUGAGGGGGUAUGUUGGUUUGAAUGAUCGCGAUGCUUUUCGCAGGGUGUUUGAUGAGAUUUCGGUCAAAGAUGUGGUGCCCUUCAAUGUUUUGAUCUUGGGUUGUAUGGAGUUCGGGCUGACGAGCGAAGCCAAGAGAGCUUUCGAUGUGAUGCCUAAAAGAAAUGAUUUUUCUUGGAGCAUAAUGAUUAAUGGGUACAUGAAGAAUAAAAUGGUUUGUGAAGCAAGGGCAGUUUUUGACGAGCUAAGUGAAAAGGAGGUCGUGUCUUGGACUGCAAUGAUGAGAGGGUAUGUGAGGUGUGAGAAGUUCUCCGAGGCUCUUGAUAUGUUCCUUCUAAUGAUGAAGUCCCAAACACGUCCUAAUCAUUACACUUUCUCGAGCAUUUUGGAUGCUUGCACGGGAUGUUUGUCUCUCGUCACUGGCAAGCAAAUUCAUUCGUGCAUUGUGAGAUUCGGUGUCCCCUUAGAUGUGAUUCUCGCCACAUCCCUUGUCGAUAUGUAUGGUAAAUGUGGAGAUGUAAAUGCUGCAUUCUGCAUAUUUCAAUCCAUGCCGACUAAAAAUUUGGUCUCGUGGAACUCGGUUAUUGGGGUGUAUGCGAGGCAUGGACUUGCAUCUCGGGCAUUAGAGGAGUUUGAAAAGAUGGUGAAAAGUGGUUUAUUCCCCGACGAGAUAUCGUUUAUAAAUGUUCUAUCGGCUUGCGUGCACGGAGGACUUGUUAAAGAAGGAGAGGAGCUUUUUACCUCCAUGCGAGAGAAGUACAAAGUGAAACCCGAGAUGGAACAUUACUCGUGCAUGGUGGACUUAUACGGUAAGGCAGGUAGACUAGAGAAGGCCGAGGGAUUGAUUAAAACGAUGCCCUUUGAGCCGGAUGUGGUUGUUUGGGGUGCGUUGCUCGGGGCAUGUGGAUUGUAUUCUUGUGUCGAGCUUGGUGAGAUUGCGGCAAGUGGGUUGCGGAAAUUGGAAGACGAUCAUCCUGCAGUUUAUGGGGUUUUGUCGAGGAUAUAUGGUGAGAAUGGGGUCCGAAGUGGGGCGAUCCAACUGGAUGAGAUGAUGAGAAGAUGGCGUUCUAGAAAACAGACGGCCGGGAGUUGGGUCGAAUGA